GGAAUCUGAUGUUGAUCUCCAGUUGAUCUCCAGUUAAUCUCCAGUUGAAAAAAAAAAUCUCCAGUUGAACUUCUCCUGCUGCUUCAGCAUCAAUGUCAGGAUGGCAGCCAAGUUGCAACCUGAACCAGGAGGACGUCCUUGGAAACGUAGCAGCAGCAUCGACUUGUUGCCUCCUGAAAUGUCUGAGCUGAGGGUUGUUGUGCUGGGGAGCAGCUGGAGUCAGAGGAACUCAGUGGAGAACUUCAUACUGGAACACAGCGUCUCUAACACAGAACCUUUCAGCUGCACCAGAAACACAAGCAGGUUUAGAAACAAACAUGUAACAGUUAUCAACACUCCAGACCUGCUGAGUCCUACAGAGGAAACACUGAACCAGUUCCUGAAACACUGUGCCAGAGUCUCUGAUCCUGGACCUCAUGUGUUCCUGUUGGUCCUACAUCCUGAAGACUUCAAUGAGGAACACAAAGAGAAGUUCUGCAGAAUCCUUGAAACUUACAACCAUCAGUUGUUUGAUCGAUGCCUAGUACUGGUUACACCCAGAGAGAAGAGCUCAGGGUUGAUGGAAACCCACAUGGAAAAUCCAACAUUGAAAGAGAUGAUCAGAAAAUGCAGAUACCGACACCUGAAGAUGAGUGACAUCGACCGUUCAGAGCUGUUAACACGUUUGGCUCAAGUUGCAAAAGAGAACAACGGAGAACAUCUGACCUAUGGAGUAUUUGAAGAAACAACUUCACCAGGUUAUCCACGCUUUCUUCAUAGUUCACUAUCUGGACAAAGGCUUUCACCGAACCGAGGACUUUCUGAUUGGAUCUUUCCUCCUCACAGAGGACGUCCUUGGAAACGUAGCAGCAGCCUCGAGAUCUUGCCUCCUACCAUGUCUGAGCUGAGGAUUGUUGUGCUGGGGAGCAGCUGGAGUCAGAGGAACUCAGUGGAGAACUUAAUACUGGAACUCAGCGUCUUCAACACAGAACCUUUCAGCUGCACCAGAAACACCAGCCGGUUUAGAAACAAACUUCUAACAGUCAUCAACACUCCAGACCUGCUGAGUCCUACAGAGGACAAACUGAACGAGUUUCUGAGAGACUGUGCCAGAGUCUCUGAUCCUGGACCUCAUGUGUUCCUGUUGGUCCUAAAACCUGAAGACUUCAAUGAGGAACACAAAGAGAAGUUCUGCAGAAUCCUUGAAACUUACAACCAUCAGUCGUUUGAUCGAUGCCUGAUACUGGUUACACCCAGAGAGGAGAGCUCAGGGUUGAUGGAAACCCACAUGGAAAAUCCAACAUUGAAGGAGAUGAUCAGAAAAUGCAGAUACCGACACCUGAAGAUGAGUGACAUCGACCGUUCAGAGCUGCUAACACGUUUGGGUCAAGUUGUAAAAGAAAACAACGGAGAACAUCUGACCUAUGGAGUAUCUGAAGAAACAACUUCACCAGGUUAUCCACACUUUCUUCAUAGUUCACUAUCUGAACAAAGGCUUUCACUGCAGCUUUCCAGCAGCUCAGCCGAUUCAAACAGGGAAUUCUUUGACACGGAUGGAAAGGAGGUAAAACCUGGAGACCUGAUCGAGAUCUAUCGUGGUCGUAACCACUGGGCUGUUUAUGUUGGUCGUGGAAACGUCGUUCACUUCGUAGAAGACGGGGGAGGAUCAAGCUCUAGCAGCUCCAUGGAGCUCGAGGAGGCCAUGGCCUCCUCGAGCUCCAUGAGCCCCAUGAGCUUCAUGAGCUCCAGCGCUGUUGGUGUUAGUGUUGAUGGCAAAGUAUUGAAAGAGAAGCUGCAGGACGUGGUGAAGAAGGACAAGUGGAGAGUCAACAAUCUCCUGGAUCAUGGAUACAAACCUCGUCCAGCUGAUGAUAUCGUGAAGGAGGCCUGUUCACUGGAGGAUACAGAGAAGCAGUACAACCUGUUGACGUACAACACUGAACAGUUCGCCACUGACAUGCGCUACGGCAAGCCUUGGAGUCGGCAGGUGAAGUUGGCAGCAGGAAUAAAACCAGCUACAGCUGCAGCUCGGGAACAGAAGAAGAGAAAAAGGAGCUUGAAACUUUUCAGCAGCUCAGCCGAUUCAAACAGGGAAUUCUUUGACACGGAUCAAAAGGAGGUCAAACCUGGAGACCUGAUCCAGAUCUAUCGUGGUUAUCAGCACUGGGCUGUUUAUGUUGGUCGUGGAAACGUCGUUCACUUCGUAGGACCUGGGAGAGGAUCAAGCUCUAGCAGCUCCAUGGCCUCCUCGAGCUCUAUGAGCUUCAUGAGCUCCAGCGGUGUUGGUGUUGGUGGUAGUGUUGGCAAAGUGUUGAAAGAGAAGCUUCAGGAUAAGGUGAAGAAGGACAGGUGGAGAAUCAACAAUCUCCUGGAUCAUGAAUACAAACCUCGUCCAGCUGAUGUUAUCGUGAAGGAGGCCUGUUCACUGGUGGAUACAGAGAAGCAAUACAACCUGUUGACGUACAACACUAAACAGUUCGCCAGUGAGAUGCGCUACGGCAAGCCUGGGAGUCGGCAGGAUAAGGACGCAGGAAUAAAACCAGGAGCAGCAGAAGUAGAGGCAGCUACAGCUGCAGCUUCGGAACAGAAGAAGAGGAAAACUCAGCCUGUAUGAUCUCAUCCUUCCCUGCAUCACAAACAUCACCCCCAGUUCGUCCAAACUUCACACAAAAUACCGUGGUGGGCUAUUGAUUUUAUUACGUUAAUUAUUUGCAGAUGUCUAUUUUAGUAUAAAGGAGGUUACAAACAUCUCUGAUUGUACUCGAUUACAAAGUGGACGAUGCCGAAGUGAGAGAAAAGUGGCUGUAAAAACUUCACCUUUAGUAGUCCUGUGCUGUGCUGAGUAGUCAACAGAAGGUAAAUUACACUAAAGGUAAACUUCAUUUGGCUCCAUCUGGUGGACAGAAGGUAAAUUACACUAAAGGCAAAUUUUCUCUGGCUCCAUCUGGUGGAUAAAGGCUGUAUCUGCAAUUAAUUUACUCAGCUUAAAAAGAAGAAAGGCAGUCAUACACUUUAACUAGAAACAACUGAGCUCUGCUAUCGCUCACAGAACAACUUUCCACAUAAAACCUGCAAAAUAAAGUUAGUAAUAAUUAACAAACAAAUUAAUCAAAAAUGCACACGGAUUAAAAUCCCUGCUUAAGUUGAAUAAAUCUUACUGCUGAAGCUAUAAAUAUGUUAGAUUGCAGAGCUCCUCUUUUAAAGUAGGUAUGGGUGUUUUAUAAAUGAGUUUAUUGAAACUCUUGUUAUAUGUAAGAAUAUAUGUAAGAUUCAGGGGACUGGAUAAGUGUCUAUUUCAAUCCUACUCCGUUUGGAACAUGUUGGUGGAUCCGUGAACUAUUAUAUUAUAUAUUUGUAUUCUGUAUUUUUUACUUUUUUGUACUCUUUUUUUAUCAUGCAUGUUCAAAAUAAAUCAAUUCAAAUGUAUGUGUGUAUAUGUGUAGGUAUGUGUAUGUAUUAUUGCUUAUAUAAAUACUGUAUGGAAAGAUAUUAAUUAAUGACAUUGCACUAGUUUAUAAAAGCUAACAUUUUUGGUGAAAAGGGAAGGCGUCAUUAGCGUAGGCUUCAGUCUACACCUUUUGGUCCUUGGUUUUUAGUUAAAAUUGUGUAUAAACAUAUAUACCAAAAAAUUAUAUAUAUUUUUCUGUAUUACACUGACGAUUUACACCUGUACUUUGGGUUAUUUGUGUUGUGGAA